GCCUUCGGCAGCCACACUUUGAGCGGCAGCAAUUCGGCUGGACGCCUGGAGAAUAACACCACCAAGAAGCUCACUCUCCACUUGUCACCUGUUCCAUCUAGAACCACACCCAGACACCAGACCUCGCGAGUGAGAGCAAUGGCAACCAUCAGCGCCGCUGGAUCCGCCGCCCUCUUCGCUGGUGCCUCCGUGGCCAGGCCAGCUCAGGCUCACGGGCUGCCUCAGCUGAGAGCGAGAGCCGACAAGGUGCGGUGCAGCGCCUGCUCGAGGCAGCAGGACGGCAGCGGCAAGGGGGCGGCGGCUCCGGCCGCCGGCGCGUCGUCCCUGCUGGCCGUGGCGAGCGCGAUGACGACGUCGUCGCCGGCGCUGGCGCUGGUGGACGAGCGGAUGUCGACGGAGGGCACCGGGCUCAGCCUGGGCUUGAGCAACAACCUGCUGGGGUGGAUCCUGCUGGGCGUGUUUGGCCUCAUCUGGUCCCUCUACACCGUCUACACCUCCACGCUCGACGAGGACGAGGAGUCCGGCGGCCUCUCCCUGUGAUUUGUGAAAUCCUCUUGAUUUCUACUAGCUGUUUUGUUCAGCUUGACCUCUGUGUGAGUUCGACCUGUGGGUGCAACUGCAACUGCAAGUCUGCAACUGAAGACAUGGCUGUAUGCGACUGUAACUGAGCUGUUGCGUCUGAGAUGGUAAUGAAGAGUACUUAGUAUAGUUGGUUUGUGGUGGUUUGAGAUUGCAUGAAAGAUGCUGUGUGCACAUGCUGUACUGUAUGAAAUUUGAUAGCACUGUGGCAGUGUCAUGCGUGGCAUUUUUAGCAUCUGAUUUGUUUGCUGUGUAUGGGAGAAGAAUAUUCUAUAGGACCAUAUGGAAACUGAACUCUAGUUCACGUUUA